AUGGUAGACACAACCUCUUCAAAACCGCACGAGAUGGUGCCGCUGUCGAACCAAGUGGCUGGUCAUCCCGAUGGCGUGCAAAGCUUGGAUGGAGGGCGCCUCGUUGUCAAAGCUUGCCUGCCGCGCGAGCUCGAGUUCUACCGACAAGUCAAGCAAGCAGUCGCAAGGAACGAUGCAGUGAACGCUCGUCAAACUGAGCUGCUCGGAAGGCUUCUCGACAGGAUGCCUGACUGCCGAGGAAGCUGGGAAGAGUACACGGGGAGCCCAGCUGGACCCUCCAAGCCCGCAGAAACAAAUGCUGGCGACGAAGCGCCUCGGGUGGUGAUGGAGAACUUGACAUACGGAUACGAGAAGCCCAACGUAUGCGACAUCAAGCUUGGUACGCAGCUUUGGGACGAAGAUGCAAAUGAAGAAAAGAGGCAGAGGAUGGACAAGGCAGCCGCCAACACGACCAGCGGCUCGCACGGUAUUCGACUGACAGGCUGGCAGACGUAUGAUGGCAAGAGUGGUACAUAUCACAGCGUCCCAAAGACUUUCGGAAAGACGAUCAAACCCGGACACCUAGAGACGGGCAUGCGAAUGCUUCUUGCAUGCCCCGAGAAAGGAGACGCAGAGUGCGCUGACGCAAUUUCAGCAGGGACGAGCAUGACAGACGAUGCCUCUUUGUACCAUCUGCCAAGCUUGCCCGAUGAGCUGGUAGAGAAGAUGCUAGAGCAACACUUGAUCAAGGACCUGGAGGAGAUUCGCGCCAUCUUCUCCGAGCUCGAGGUGCGGAUGCGAGGCGCUUCGUUGCUAGUGGUGUACGAAGGCGAGACGAGCCGACUCAGGCAGACACUGGAGCAAGAGGGCGUAGGAAGGCCGCAAGUGCGGCUGAUUGAUUUCGGACAUGCUACCAUUGUGGCUGGCCAAGGACCGGACCAAGGCGUGUUGCUGGGCCUGAGCACGGUACUCGAUCUUGCCAACAAGACGCUGGCCAAUCUGAAGCGCAGAGGCGGGCCAAACUAA